AUGGAGGAGGGCGGCCGGAGCCCCCGCGGGGAGGCGGCCGAGCCGCCGGAGUGCGGCGGGGACGCGGAGCCGGGCGGCGGGCGGCGGGCGCUGCUGCUGCCCGCGGGGCUGCCCGCGGCGCGGGCCGAGCCGCCGCCCCCGCACCCGCACCCGCACCGCGUCACCAACUUCUUCAUCGACAACAUCCUGCGGCCCGAGUUCGGGAGGAGGAAGGAGGCGGGAGGCGCCGAGCCCCGGCGGCCCGAGAGCCGCCGCAGCCCCGGAGCGGCGCCCGGAGCCCCGCUGGCCGCGGCCGCGCCGGGCUCGCCGGGCCGGGGCGAGGGCGGCCCCGCGGCGCUCGGCGCCGCCAAGAAGGGAGGCGACGGCGCCGCGCUCGACGUGGCCCUCAAGGCGCGGGGCCUCGGCGGCGGCGCCGCGGGCGGCGGGGACCUGUCGCUGAGCUCGGACUCGGACAGCUCGCAAGCGAGCUCCAACGCGGGCGCGCAGCCCAUGCUCUGGCCCGCCUGGGUUUACUGCACGCGCUACUCGGACCGGCCCUCCUCAGGUCCCCGCUCGCGCAAACCAAAGAAGAAGGCGGCCAGCAAGGAGGACAAGCGGCCGCGAACCGCCUUCACCGCCGAGCAGCUGCAGAGACUCAAGGCCGAGUUCCAGACCAACCGCUACCUGACGGAGCAGCGGCGCCAGAGCCUGGCCCAGGAGCUCGGCCUCAACGAGUCCCAGAUCAAGAUCUGGUUCCAGAACAAGCGCGCCAAGAUCAAGAAGGCCACGGGCAGCAAGAACUCGCUCGCCGUGCACCUCAUGGCCCAGGGGCUCUACAACCACUCGACCACGGCGAAAGACGGCAAGUCGGACAGUGAAUAGGGCUGG